AUGUGGAACGACGAGGACAACAACCCUUAUGGGAACAACUUUGACAGGCGCGAUUCUUUCACCUCUUCUUCCGUGAACCCGGUGGCUGUCGUGCGCUUCUGUUUCUCGAGGGGCACAUCGGAACCAUACGAUUGCCGACUGAUGGAUGAAAUUCCGCUGGACAAUGAAGACGCUGACAGCGACUGGGAUUUGUUAGAUCCUCGGUACGACCAGCCGCAGACACCAUCAUCCACCGGAGAUGAGGCUCCACCUCCACGCGCGUACGGUGUACCAGCAAGCGAUGAUACCGAAAGCGAUCGCGAAUCUGCGGCGGGACAUGGCGAACUUGUGCCCAGGCGAAAGCCGGGUGGCUACGACAGCCGUAUCGAGCAGAUUCUUUACGAACAUCCUGAGCUCCCGAUCCUUAUCACCGAUGCCGGCAAGAGCUUAGAGAGCGGUGGCAGAUAUAUCGUCUACACAAUAAGGACUGGAGACCUUGAGGUACGGAGACGGUACUCCGAGUUUGCUUCCUUGCGAGAUGCCCUUACACGCCUACACCCGACCCUCAUCAUCCCACCGAUUCCAGAAAAGCACACCAUGGCCGACUACGCGGCCAACCCCACCAACGCCAAGCAAGAUCAGCAGAUUAUUGAUCUGAGGAAGCGCAUGUUGGCUGUCUUUCUCAAUCGAUGCCGACGAAUGGAGGAUAUCAGAAAGGACGGAGUAUGGUGGAGGUUCCUAGAUCCGAACGCCAGCUGGAGCGAGGUCCUUCACUCGCAUCCAGUGGCAUCCAUUCCCAAGUCUGUAUUGAGAGCACCGCCGCUGGAUACUGCGAAUCCCACCCCUGCCCAUAGUUACCUUCCCGUUCCAUCAAGCUCGGCCAAGCUUAGGAUUGGCUCCAACGGCGUACAGUCUGAUCAUAUCGCAAAUGCAUCCGCCGGGCAGCCUCGUCUCCCGUCCGACACAAGCAACUUGAGCGAACAAGAACUUGACCCUUAUUUCAACUCCUUUGAGGCUUCAAUAAAGGAACUGGAGCAGCUUCUUGCCGGGCCUAUGGAAAAGGUCAAUAGGAGAACCCUCAAUCACUUGUCAUCACUGGCAGCAGAUCUUUCGGAACUAGGUGCUAGGUACAAUGCGUUUGCGUUGUCGGAACAGGCGCCGUCACUUGGGCCAGCUAUCGAACGGGUUGGACAAGCGUUUGACUCAUCCUAUAUUGCAACAGAGGAGCUCUCUAGCUCACUAGGCGCUAGUUUCGCCGAGCCCAUGCGGGAAAAUGCUCAGUUUGCAGGCGUGGUUAGGAGUGUUCUCAGGUACAGGGUCUUGAAGCGCGUACAGCAGGAGAUGACGAACGAGGAGCUCAACAAAAAGAGGGCUCUGCUCGACCAACUUGAGCGCAGCGAGGCGGAAGCUCGUCGAAUCGACCAGUAUCUUAGCGGCAGCCAGACGAUCCAACCUCCAAGGAGAUCGGCUAGCGCUCGCGACUCGUCAACCUCACAACCUGCUUAUCAGCAGCAUAGGCGCGACGGUAGCCAGGAGGAUACCGCCUCGAUUGAUUCGGACUUUCCACCUACCCAUGGCGAUCUUGCCUCGGCACCAUCUGCUAAGAUCGGGGCGCCAGAGCGAGGUAGUGGUGGUGGCAGCAGCCCCGGCCAUAAGAAGGCGGCGAGUGGCAACUCUAUCACCAACAAGAUCUUUGGCCCGAUCAGGCAUGCCGUGCAAGGGGUUGUCGACCAUGACCCGGAACGCACGAGGCGCGAUACGAUUGGCAAAACACGCGAAUCCAUCAGUCAAUUGGAGCAGGCACAGGUUGCCGUAGCGAAGGAUGUCGUGGAAGCAAGUGCGAGUGUACUUAGGGAUAUGAAGAGAUUCCAGCGGGAGAAGGAGGAUGACUUGAAACGUUAUAUGCUGGCAUACGCCAAGUCACAGAUUGAAUGGGCAAAGAAGAACAAGGAGACUUGGGAAGAGGCCAAGGUGGAGAUCAACAAGAUCGAUGAGUCUUGA